GGACGAAGCUUGGACUUUAGUGAUCCGUGAACGUCAUUCGCGUUGCAGCUCCGCUGGUCCCCUCACACCAGUCUGGUCGGGUUCACAGUGCCCUUGAGCCGAGGAUCAGUCUAAACAAUGCUCCAGAGUCAGGUAGCUAGCAGCCAGUGCCCGCCGUCUCGAUACGCCAGCUUCCUCGGUGUAGAAGUCGGUCCAAUGGUGAGCUCAGCCGGACCCUCCCGAAUUAUGUAACUGGAGUAUAAAGCUUGCAGAUCUGGGGUAUGGGGUCGGCUCUUUCCAUACUUAAGAAGCUGGUUUGUCCACCUUGUACGCGUCAGUCUUGGGUUUGAUUUCAUACUUCAAGAAAGCUUCCCCUAUAGUCCUCUUGUUCUUCCUUCUCUGAAGAUUGUUGAAGUCUUUCUUUGUAGCAUCAAACAUUUACACGCCAUUAUCAAUUUUUUUAUACCAAACGUCACUAUGGCAAACAUCGACGCUGAAGAAGCGCAGUACCAGCAGGAGAUCGAGGAGGUUCAGAAGUGGUGGAGUGACUCAAGAUGGAGAUACACGAGGAGACCAUUCACUGCCGAGCAGAUUGUCAACAAGAGAGGCAACCUAAAGAUUACCUACCCAAGUAAUAGCCAGUCGCAGAAGCUUUGGAACAUCGUAGAAGAGCGAUUCAAGAAUAAGGAAGCAAGCUACACAUAUGGCUGUCUUGACCCGGUUAUGGUCACACAGAUGGCGAAGUAUCUAGAUACAGUCUAUGUUUCCGGAUGGCAAAGCUCGUCAACAGCAUCUUCAACCGACGAGCCAGGCCCAGAUCUAGCAGAUUAUCCUUCAACUACUGUGCCCAAUAAGGUUGGACACCUUUUUAUGGCCCAGCUUUUUCACGACCGCAAACAACGCGAGGAACGUUUGACGACUCCAAAAUCCGAACGGGCGAAGGUCGCCAACACCGAUUUCCUGCGACCCAUCGUUGCUGAUGCAGACACUGGACACGGAGGUCUCACAGCUAUCAUGAAACUCACCAAGCUGUUCAUCGAGAAGGGCGCUGCUGGUAUUCACAUCGAAGACCAAGCUCCAGGAACGAAGAAGUGCGGACAUAUGGCUGGGAAAGUGCUGGUGCCAAUCAGUGAGCACAUCAACCGCUUGGUCGCUAUUCGGGCCCAGGCAGAUAUCAUGGGCACCGACCUACUUGCUAUCGCCCGUACCGACUCAGAAGCUGCCACUCUCAUCACUUCGACCAUCGAUCCUCGCGACCAUCACUACGUACUGGGAUGCACAAAUCCUGCGCUCCAGCCGCUCAGCGAUCUCAUGUAUGCUGCUGAAGCAGCUGGCAAGAACGGCGAUCAGCUUCAAGCGAUUGAGGAUGCCUGGGUAGAGCAGGCCAACCUGAAGCUUUUCCCUGCCGCCGUCGUAGACACAAUCAACGCUGGCGUACAUGUCAAUAAGCAAGGUCUCAUUGCGGAGUUCUUGGAGAAAAGUAAGGGCAAGAGCAAUGCGGAGGCACGUGCCAUCGCAACAGGCUUGACCGGUGUGGAUGUAUACUUCAACUGGGAUGUUGCAAGGACCCGAGAAGGUUUUUACAGGUAUCAGGGCGGCUGCCAAUGCGCCGUCAACCGUGCGGUUGCCUACGCACCAUACUGCGACAUGAUCUGGAUGGAGUCCAAGCUUCCUGACUACGCUCAGGCAAAGGAAUUUGCUGAUGGUGUACACGCCGUGUGGCCAGAGCAGAAACUAUCCUACAAUCUCUCACCAUCCUUCAACUGGAAAGCCGCUAUGCCGCGCGAUGAGCAGGAGACUUACAUUCAGCGUCUCGCGAAGUUAGGUUACUGCUGGCAGUUCAUCACACUUGCUGGUCUGCACCAGACUGCUCUCAUGGCCGACACCUUUUCCAAGGCAUUCUCAAAGCAAGGAAUGCGUGCCUACGGCGAAAUCAUCCAGGAGCCUGAGGCAGAUAACAAGGUCGAUGUUCUGACGCAUCAGAAAUGGAGUGGAGCUAAUUACGUCGAUAACAUGCUAAAGAUGGUUUCUGGUGGCGUCAGCUCGACGGCAGCAAUGGGUAAGGGUGUCACGGAAGACCAGUUCAAGUAGGAAGAUGUCGGAGUGAAGGCCUGUGUGAUUAGUUGAAAAUAAUUAUUAUUUCACCUGAAGGAUUCUUCCGGUAUGUUGUU